AUGCGCCCUUCUAUCUAUCACAUGACGUUUGACAGGUCGACGGAAACGCACCAAGAUGUCAGAUUCGAAAAAAGGCGCGCUUUCCAAUCAAACAACUGUUUGGAAAAUUCUUUCGCAGUUUUGUCCUUAGAUUUAUCUGUUCCGUCAUCUCUCACGAGAGUGCGCCACUUGCAUGAGCCGCGACGACGCCCUCGCCGUGUUGUAGUAAGUCUUGCAAAGCAUCUCAUGGUGCGGCAGUCGGGCAGACAUGGUAUAUGCCGUGUGCUGUAUGGGGCAUGGGGCCGACCGACUCGCGCCGCAGCAAUAUGCCGCACGCAGAUCGAUACUGUUGCCCAA